CCAACUCGCGAAUCAUGGACACUCUUACCUUGCGCGGAAUUCUCGAAGGCCACGGCAACUGGGUCACUGCCAUCGCCACCACUUCCGAAGCCCCCGAUAUGGUCUUGUCGGCUUCUCGCGACAAGUCCAUCAUCGUCUGGCAUCUUACCAGAGAUGAGACCCAAUAUGGUAUCCCCCGCAAGUCUCUUCUUGGCCACAACCACUUUGUUGAGGAUCUUGCCAUCUCUUCCGAUGGUCAGUUCGCCUUGUCUGCUUCCUGGGAUCACACUCUCCGUCUCUGGGACUUGAACACUGGCACCACCACCCGCCGUUUCGUUGGUCACACCUCGGACGUUUUGUCUGUCUCCUUCUCUGCCGACAACCGUCAGAUCGUCUCGGGUUCCCGUGACAAGAGCAUCAAGUUGUGGAACACUCUUGGCGAAUGCAAGUACGAUCUCACCGACAACGGUCACACCGAAUGGGUUUCCUGCGUUCGUUUCUCUCCCAACCCUGCCAACCCCGUCAUCGUCUCUGGUGGCUGGGACAAGCUCGUCAAGGUCUGGGAUCUUACCAAGCUCAAGCUUCGCUCCAACUUCAUCGGUCACAACGGCUACGUCAACACCGUUACCGUCUCUCCCGAUGGUUCCCUCUGCGCUUCCGCUGGUAAGGACGGUGUUGUCAUGUUGUGGGAUCUCAACGAGUCCAAGCACUUGUACUCGCUCGAAGCCGGUUCCGUCGUCAACGCUCUUACCUUCUCUCCCAACCGCUAUUGGCUUUGCGCUGCCACCGCCAACGCCAUCAAGAUCUGGGAUCUCGAAACCAAGUCCGUUGUCGAUGAACUCCGUCCCGAGGUUGCUCAAAUCGGCAAGAGAAAGCCUCGCGAUCCCGAGUGUCUCUCCGUUGCCUGGUCCGCUGACGGCAGCACUCUCUUCUCUGGUUACACUGAUAACCUUAUCCGUGUCUGGCAAGUCUCCCGCACUCUUUAAAUAUUCUACACUUCAUAGAGUAGAGGGGGUUUGGUAGACCCUCUAAAAUUUUUAAAGAGAAAAAAAACAAAAUUUUGUCACAAUGAUUUUGCAUUAAAAAAGUGAACCAAACUCAACGAUGGUGAAGAGU